AUGUCGAGUGUGAAAAUUUCAUCAGCGAAAAUACUUAGGCAGUGUCACCUAGAUUGGAUGAUCUCAUGUAACAAUCCAACCCCUUUAGAAUUUUUUCGUUUUAUUCAACCAACACAUAAGUCCCGUGCAUUUGAGAAGUACAGGAAGACUCUUGAGCAGGCUAUCAGCUUUUGUAAGGACCCAAACAAACAGUUGAAAUUAAGAAAUCUAAGAGAAACUGUUAAUUACAAUUCAGAUUGGGAUUUGUGGCUAUUAGAAAAAAAAGCGAGGUCAAUUCGUGAUGAAGUUCAUGAAACCAAUGUGGAGGUACACCGAGAAUUAAACGUUCUUGUCAGAAAUGGAGGAAAACAAAAGGAAGGUGCUAACAGUAAUAAUGAUAGCAUCGAAGAUAAAAUUGAGGAAGGUGGUAGUGGCGAUAAUCAUAGCACCGACGAUAAAAAAGAGGAAUGUAGCGACGAUGGUAAUAUGCACGGGGAGGAAGACAAGAUAAUUGUACACGAUAUCCUUUAUUGUGAAAUAUCAGCAACUCAGGCCGAACAAGAUAUUCUAAAAAUAUAUCGUUCAAAAUUUAAUAAUUGCCUUGUCAUGGACCUCCGGUUACGUUCAGAAUUAUCCCUUUCAUUAGACCAAAAAUUACAAGAAGAUAUUUUACAUGAAGUUUUCGACGAAAUAGACAAAGACUAUAUAACAGAUGAAAUUCACAAUUUCCUCACCGACUUCUUUAAUGCCGAUCACGGCAAACAAGGAUGGUGCGAAUCAGUUCGUAGAAUAGCUUUUAGUGAAAAUGAUUCAGAGUUACUGCAAUGCACAAAAGAAUUGCUUAAAGGAACACUGGGGCGGUUUGUUAAGGCCUUUUCCUUGGACGCACUGAAUCCCUUGAGAGAUGUUACAACUUUAGAAAGACCUCAUCUGAACCAAUUUAUACAUCCGCUAAUUGAUAAUGCGUUGUGGAUUUUUGCAAGUAUUAAUUACAUGUCUGGUGAAAUUUCUUUGCAAGGAAAAGCAAGAGCCAUGGCAGAUGGUGCCGGAUACCUUAAUGAUUUUUCAAACUAUCAAAUUGUUUGUAUGGAGGGAGCAAAACCAGGGGCACGAAAUAAAAAAAAUGUCGAUGAUGAUAAAAAGAACAUUAAAAGCAUGAUACAGCUGUUUAAUAAUAUAAUUGUAUCAGAGGCUUCAGAGCGAAGACAAAUAUACACAGGUCUUCGAGUAUAUGGUGCCACCGCUUAUAAAACCGAACUCUCCCUUACAAUGCUGGAUUUUCGUGGAACAUAUCGUUUGUUUGAAGUGGACCGUUUUAAUCUCCCAAAAGAUUGGACAGACAUGCCUAACUUCGUUUUUAUGUAUGAAGCUCUAAUAAAGUGGGCGAUGUGUGUCCGUCGUACGAGAGAAAAUUUGAUUGCCCAGCGCAAAAAAAGAAGAAUGGGAAGGUACUCAGAAGCAAGAAUUGCCAAAAAACUCACGCGUCUAACAUGA